AUGAAAGACUUGACUUUUGUCUCUGUCGUCCUUCCUCGCAUAAACUCUCCAUCGAUUUCUGAUAAAAACAAUCUCAUCAAAAAAAAGAGAAUCACAAACACGCUUCUUCUUCUUCUUCUUCUUCUUCUUCUUCUUCUUCUUCUUCUUCUUCUUCGUCGAAGCUCAAGCACUCCUAAAAUUUCAAUCUGCGACUACAUACAUCGAAAGCCGCCGGAUCGGAUUCCCGCGAAAUCCCCCUCCCAGAUUCGAUUCCACUUUCUAAAUCUGUCUGUUGCUUUCCAUGGGAUGGUCACUAAGAAUUCUCAAAAGAGCAACCUGGGCAUGACCAAGUCCAUGAGUUUCUUUCAGAAUAUCAUAAAACCCUUCAAACGCAACUCCAAUCGAGGUCUUGAAGACGAUAUCGAGAAAAUCGCCGCCUUGGAGCAGAAAGUUUUCCCAUUUCAAGUCUUAGUUUCCGCUACCAAAGAUUUCCACCCGACCCACAAACUCGGCGAAGGUGGAUUCGGACCCGUCUUCAAGGGAAGGUUACCUGACGGGAGAGACAUAGCAGUGAAGAAGCUAGCUCAGGCUUCAAGGCAAGGGAAGAACGAGUUUGUGAACGAGGCCAAGCUGUUAGCUAAAGUCCAGCAUCGCAAUGUCGUUAAUCUCUGGGGUUACUGCACACACGGAGAUGAUAAACUCUUGGUCUAUGAGUACGUCGCUAAUGAGAGCCUCGACAAGGCCCUCUUCAUCUCUUUUGUCUAUCUGUGUUUCACGUUACAAUCGGUGAUUAAUAACUUAACUUUUUCUCGUACGCGCAGUGGUUAUAUGGCGCCCGAGUACGUAAUGCACGGUGUUCUAUCGGUAAAGGCAGACGUAUUCAGCUUCGGUGUCGUGGUUCUUGAGCUCAUCAGUGGCCAGAAGAACUCGAGUUUCAGUAUGAGACACCCUGACCACACUCUUCUUGAAUGGGUAAGCUUCGGAUACCUCACGGGGUUGCGUCCUUAUUCGCUUCAGCGUUAUAGAACCGAUGCUAAAGACUUGCUGAUUUUUGUGACACAGGCGUAUAAGUUGUACAAGAAAGGCAGGACAAUGGAGAUGGUAGACUCGGAGAUAGCAGCUUCAGCUGAUCCGGAGCAAGUAAAACUCUGCGUUCAGAUCGGUCUGCUCUGUGUUCAAGGUGAUCCGCACCAGAGACCGCCUAUGAGACGAGUAUCUCUGCUUCUCUCUAGAAAACCGGGACAUCUAGAAGAACCGGAGCGUCCUGGUGUCCCGGGGUCUAGGUACCGUCGUCGAACACAUCGUCCUUCAGGAGCAUCCUCGGUCGGAACAUUGUCGACCACCGGAUCGAGUACAGACUCGUUCGGUUCGAACUUGAAUACCAACACAGGAACAGGUGGAGGAGCUACACCAGCGUCUUCUAGGACUCCGACUCGUACGCACGCCACGAGAAGCGUAGGUGCGAGCUCUAGCUCAGAUCCUCACGGGAAACGACCUAUGAGUUAUUAA